AUGUGGAAGAACCCGUUCGGCUUUCCAGGGUUACUAAUUCAGGUCAUUUCUUUUACUAGAGGACCAGUAUUCUUCUCAGCGGCAAUCUACAUCACUCUAUCAGUAACGAUAGAGCAACUAGCCCCUAAGCUUUCUAUCAUCAAGCUAGUGUUAAGCCAAGGAUACCGAAACUCCACUAUCAUCACCAAUCAAAGGCUUUUCAUUAGCCUGGAAGGAGUUCUCGUUCUAGUUGCUGUUUUCACGCUCAUCAUAGCGCCCCCAGGUCGCAUGUUCAGGGCUGCCGAUGAAAACUCAUCUGGGCCAGAAUCUCCGUCUGUUGGAAAAUGA